AUGAGCAUAAAUCUUAAUUUAGGAACUCAUUCUAAAGCUCUUUUUUCAACAUAUCAAGCAGUACUUACAGGAGAUAAAAAUACAACUUGGGUUGUUUAUGGGUAUGAUAAAGGAGGAAAUGAUUUGAAGGUCAUAGAAACUGGAGGAGGUGAUCUUGAUGAGUUGCAAGAAGAAUUUGAUGACGGAAAGAUUCAGUACGCUUUUGUAAGAGUAAUAGAUCCUAAUACAGAGCUGCCCAAAUUAAUUCUUAUAGGAUGGUGUGGUGAAGGUGUGCCUGAAUCAAAGAAAGGUUUAUUUAAUUCGCAUUUUAAUGAUGUAACAAAAUUUUUAAAGGCUGAUGUUGAUCCUGCAUACAUUAUGAAACGUAUCAAUGAAAGUGGUGGAUCCAAAUAUUCAAUAAACAUUGAUAAACGUCCACCAAAAAAAGGAGAGCCUAUCUUACCAGUGCAUUCAGUCUAUCAACCUGAGAAAAUACCUGAUAUUACUGCUUUACAAAGAAAGGAGGCAAAAGGAUUAUUAAAUUGUACAUCAAAUAUAAAUAAUACCGGCUCAAUAAAUUAUGAUUCGAUCAAUUUAACCAAAGAAGAAUAUCAUCAUAACAAGAAAGAACAAAUAUUCAUGGGACCUCAACCACCACCAAGAAGAUCACCAGCAGAUAAUGCUGAUGUUGAUCCUGCAUACAUUAUGAAACGUAUCAAUGAAAGUGGUGGAUCCAAAUAUUCAAUAAACAUUGAUAAACGUCCACCAAAAAAAGGAGAGCCUAUCUUACCAGUGUCUUCAGUAUAUCAACCAGUACAGCUUCCAAAGCCAAAACCUCUUGCUACACUUGGUAAAGAUGUCACAUACGUAAAGCCUGGAGAUCAUGUUAUUACUACGUACAUUCCACGUUGUGGUAAAUGUGUAUAUUGUAAUAACAAUAGCACUGUUGUUCUUGGAUACUAUCAUGGAAAUGAAAGAGUUGACGAUAAUAAAUUGCCACCAUUUGGUCAAAAAAUAGCAUCAAGAAUUCAAGACACCUUUAAUAAUGCAAUUGCUAAUAUAAAACUAUCACCAGAAAAACCAGAAAUAGCAAUUCUGCCAUAUAUUUUUAAAGAAAAUCAGUGGCGUCCUGAUAAUAAAGCAAUUUCUACGAAAACAACGGAGCCUAUAUUUAAAUUUGAAAAUUCAGAUGUGGCUAAUUUGACAGCUGAAUCAAUUCUUGCAAAACAUUUUGAACAUUUAUAUGACUUUGAUGAACAUUUAGAAAAUAUAGAAUUGGAUUGGUUAACUAAUACAAAAGUUACACAGUUAAUUGAUAAUGGAACUAAAAAAAAUAAAUAA